AUGUUGAUCAAGUGGACAUUUAUGAGACCUGAUGAUAUUGUAGCUGAGCCGAAGAGUGACGGUGAAAGAGAUGAUGUUGAAGCUGCGCCAUCAGGAGCAUCAUUUUUGAUAUUGGUACAAGCAUUUAGUAAACUAGGUACUUUUGCGUUAAAUCAAUUACUUCUACGUCACAUUUCGCCAAAAGUGCUUGGUCUUACAUCUUAUUUGAGCUUUUUGCAAUCCUCUAUUCUAUUUUUUAGUAGAGAAGGAGAAAGGUUGGCAAUACAAAGGACAGAAGAUACUAUAUCUGUGGGGGAAAGACAUAAUAUUACUUCCCUCAAUUCUCGAGGCCAAGACGCUUCUGCUGCCAUAAUUCAAAGUAUAGCCAAUUUUGGAUUUAUUCCGUCUUUUAUUGGGCUUCCUGUGGCUUCAUUGGUUUGUUACUGGCAGAGUCAACACCCAUUUCAUGAGGAUGUACAUAUGAGAAAAUGUUAUCAGAUAUCGUUAGUAUUAGUCUUCGUCCUGAUAGGAAUUGAAUUGUCCUCGGAGUCUUUGUAUGCCAUCAGUCAGUAUCACCUUGAAUUUAAAAAACGCUCAAAAUUUGAAAGCGUUAGUGUCGUUCUGAGGUUUAUGGCGAUAUGUUUCACUAUCUUUGCGAUACGAUGGUUGUGGCAUGAGUCGGUGUAUUUCGAAGGGCUCUGUGUUUGUGCUCUUACAUUUGGCCAACUCGUGUACUCUUUGUCCUUGACGUUGUGCUACUACUGGGACUACAGUAAAGAAGCAAACAAAAACUUCGCUUUACGCAUUAAGGGAAUCAUUAAAAAGAAAGGUUCAGGCUAUUAUUAUUUUAAUCCAAAUGUGUUGGCGAUUUGGAAAAGCAUUUUCAUUCAGCUAGUCUUCAAACAGUUAUUAACGGAAGGUGAUAAGUUAGUGAUUGCAAGGCUUUGCUCCAUUGAAGACCAAGGUGUUUAUUCCCUAGUAUCAAACUAUGGCUCGAUGGUAGCUAGAAUAGCGUUUUUACCUAUAGAAGAAACUUUCAGGUUAUCACUUACAAAGUUAUUGCUCCAAAGAAACAAAUCUAACGUUUCGCAAUCCUUUAAGUGGUUGCUGUAUCUUUGCAUAUUUUACGUCAACCUCACUGUAUUAAUUAUAUUGGGAGGAUAUCAAAAUGCAUCUUACUUGCUUCGGCUUGUUUUAGGAGGAAACAGCUCCAUGUGGCUGGAUACUAACGUAUUUGAUGUGCUUCCGCGGUAUGUUUUAUAUAUACCUUUUUUGGCAUUCAAUGGUAUAUUCGAAGCUUUCUUUAGUAGUGUCGCUAGUUCUAAAGACAUUCGAGCCUUUUCCAUUUAUAUGUCCAUUCUGAGCAUUUUUGUUAUGGGAUUACUGUAUCUUUUGAUAGAGGUUUACUCGAUGGGUCUGACGGGCAUGAUCUUUGCUAAUGCAAUUAACAUGACACUCAGAAUACUCUACUGUAGCCAUUUCAUUAAAAGAUUUUUCUCAGAACAUAAAAUAUUCAUCAGCGAAAGUAAAUGUCUUCUUCGUUUGAAAUAUUCAAUCACCAUGGCUUGCAUCAUAGCAUGUCUACAAUAUAGAUGGCUAAACACCCGUUCUGAGAGUCUCUUAGAUGUGAUGGUGAGUGCAUUACUUUGUCUUCUUUAUCUCUCAAUUAUCCUCUACUCCGAGAAGGAUACCUUGAGUACCACGUCAUUAACUCUCAAACAUUUAAGUAUUUUUAAGAAAGGGAAAAAGGACUGA